GUUCUGUUUUUUUUUUUUCUGGAGGAAGAUACGACCAGUCGGUCAGCAUUUUCAAGGUACUCGUAUGCAGAAAUAGCUUGAUAUUGGACAGUUCUUUUUAGGACUUAAUGACAAUAUUGCUACUUUCUCAGCUUCAGUGAGUCUUCAGUGAUCUAUUCUGUGUUGGCGGACAGCAAAAACCAUAGAAUAUUCGACCAUAAAAUACUGCUUCCGCCUUUGUGGGAGCAGUGCACUUGGUAAGUUUUUCAGAGCUUCUUUAUUUAGUCGAACUGCGUAUGCUUUAAUCUUUUUCAAAAUACAUACAAUAACUAAUACAGUUGACUGCAUGCGAAUGUUAACGUCUCUGUUACAUGUCCUAAACUGAAUAUUUAAUGCGUUGCAAUCACUAAAUGCGUACAAGGUUUGCAAAGGUGUAAAGUAUACAAAGGUCCGUGUAAUAAUAUGAUAAUAACAUGUUGGCGCAACGAAGCAUGUGAUACGUAGUUGUGUAACACGAACGUUUCACUGUAGUACACCAUUAAAUACGAAAUCAACUACUAUCCCAAGUAAAGUUAUUUUAUCGUUCCUGAAGAUGUCUCAAUGUCAAAUUCUAUCCACUCAGACGCUGCGAUCAGCUUUCACCCCAGACUUUUAUAAGAGUAAAGUUGGAUUAUGAAUUUGGAGUAAUAACUGUGUGGUCCGAUACAAUCGAAUGAUCAGUCAGAAUUUAUAAUCAGUAAAUAUUGCCCCAUGAAAAGGAAUCGGGGAAGUUUUUGCUGGUGGAAUCCAAAAUCCAGAAAAUUUUAGUUGUGGAAUCUGGAAUUCUGGUCUGUGGAAUCCGGAAUACUGGUCAAGGAAUCUGGAAUCCCAAUGGAUUUCAGAAUCCAAGUUCACUGAAAAAGAAUCCAGAAUCAAGUACCUGGACCCGGAUUCCACGGCGUGGAAUCUAGAAUCCAAGACUGUCUUAGAUUCUCUUACAUGGGCGAGUAACACAUGGAUGUAACAUCAUGAAGACAAAGAAGCUAAACAAUGUGGUUAAACUAAGCACUAGAUAUCCGAUCUGUUUCACGGCAAGAAAUAUGGUAUUCACCGUCUCGGAAAACCCUCGCUUAAUUUUCGAAAACGCAGCAUUUUGCUAACGUUCUCCCGCGUUUUCCGGUCGUAAAAUCCACUCUUUUUCCGUCCUUUUCCGGCCGGUGAAUUUAAGUAUUGGUUCCAUUAUCCGAUAGUUUUCAGGCUCAGUUAACACUAGGAAAAUAAGUGCAUUCGAUACUGAAAACGGCGCAUUUUCCUGGAGAAAAAGUUUUGAAACGAUGGAAAACAUCUCAUUAACCAAUGGGUGAACGUUGGGGAACAUGCUGUUUCCCGGCAUUUUCUAGUUGUUCGCUGCCCCAGAAAACCCGAGAAAACUCAUGCAGAAUGAUGGAAAACUUGUGUGAAUUCUUUAUUUUGCCUCUUGAAAACACCAGAAAACACCAAAAGACGCGAUGUUAAGUCACUGGAAAAUGGCGGUGAACAACGUAAUACGAUCCGUUCCUCAUGUGUUAACCAUAUCUUCUCUGUGUGCUUUGCUUGUAUUAGCCGUGCGUUAACGGUCCGGUUAACACCAGUAAAACAAGCAUUUUCGCGCAUCUUCUACGUUUCCAGUGUGAUCUUAUGCGGGAAUGUAACUUAGUCCUUUAUUCACUGGUGUUUUCGUUCAAAAUUUAACAUUCGCUGUUGCAGUUUUGUUUUUCCCGGCACCCGCCAUAGGUGCUUUAAACGACAUACAAAUACUUCGAUUCUCUCCCAAGGAAACAGCAGGAAAAUAAGUGCAUUCGAUACUGAAAACGGCGCAUUUUCCUGGAGAAAAAGUUUUGAAACGAUGGAAAACAUCUCAUUAACCAAUGGGUGAACGUUGGGGAACAUGCUGUUUCCCGGCAUUUUCUAGUUGUUCGCUGCCCCAGAAAACCCGAGAAAACUCAUGUAGAAUGACGGAAAACUUCUGUGAAUUCUUUGUUUUGCCUCUUGAAAACACCAGAAAACACCAAAAGACGCGAUGUUAAGUCACUGGAAAAUGGCGGUGAACAACGGAAUACGAUCCGUUCCUCAUGUGUUAACCAUAUGUUUUCUGUGUGCUUUGCUUGUAUUAGCCGUGCGUUAACGGUCCGGUUAACACCAGUAAAACAAGCAUUUUCGCGCAUCUUCUACGUUUCCAGUGUGAUCUUAUGCGGGAAUGUAACUUAGUCCUUUAUUCACUGGUGUUUUCGUUCAAAAUUUAUCAUUCGCUGUUGCAGUUUUGUUUUUCCCGGCACCCGCCAUAGGUGCUUUAAACGACAUACAAAUACUUCGAUUCUCUCCCCAGUAUCCCUCAAUGGAAACAAGUAAUGAAAAGCUCUCAAUGUACUUCUGAACUCUUUUAUUAUCAGCAACUCAACUCAUCGUCUGCAGUACAGAAUGCCUCUUAUUGAUUAUUAACACUCCACAGCAAACUAAAACUACCAUUUAUAAAAAUGCAUUCAAUCAUGGAUAAGAUAUUCAC